AGUACCUGUUUCCCAGCUGUUGUGCGGGACUCCUACGACAUGGCCUCCCUGCUGGUCAGCCAUGGGGCGGACGUCAAUCUGCGGUGUGCCAACGAGCGGACAGUGCUCCAUGAAGCAGCCAAGCUGGGCAGACAGGACAUGGUGAAGCUGAUGCUGGCAUCCGGGGCACAGCCUGACCCGCAGAGCUCCUGUGGGCUCACCCCUCUUGCACUUGCUGCCCAAUGUGGACACACCGAAGUCAUGGAACUGCUCCUGCAGAAAGGAGCCAAUCCUCUCGGUCAGGCCUCGGAUUCUUCUUCCAUCUUACUUGAAGCUGCCAGCGGAGGAAAUCCAGACUCUGUGACUCUCUUGCUAGGACAUGGAGCUGAUGCCAACGUCCCUAAGAAUUCAGGCCACCUGCCCAUUCACGUGGCAGCUGACAGAGGCCACUUGUUAGCUCUAAAGGUUUUGGUUCCAGUUACGGACUUCACUGCCAUUAAGCAGAGUGGCAUAAGUCCAGUCCACUGCGCCGCUGCAGGAGCACACCCCCAGUGCCUGGAGCUCCUCAUUCAGGCUGGGUUUGAUGUGAACUUCAUGCUAGAUCAGAGAAUCCGCAAACACUAUGAUGACCACAGAAAGUCAGCUUUGUAUUUUGCGGUGUCCAAUGGUGACCUCUCUUCAGUCAAGCUGCUUCUGAGUGCUGGAGCUCUGCCUAAUCAAGACCCGGUUAACUGCCUCCAGAUAGCCCUCAGGAUGGGCAACUAUGAGCUGAUCAGUCUGCUGCUACGCCAUGGGGCCAACGUCAAUUACUUCUGCAGAGUCAACCCUUUGCAUUUCCCAUCAGCGCUGCAAUACACGCUGAAAGAUGAAGUCAUGCUCAGGAUGCUGUUGAAUUAUGGGUAUGACACAGAGCGAUGCUUCGAUUGUCCUCAUGGAAACAAAGUUCAUCCUUUCUAUACUUGUGAUGGCUGGACACCUACAGUUAUCAAAGAUACUAUGUUCUGUGAAGUAAUAACUUUAUCGUGGCUGCAACAUCUGUCUGGAAAGGUUGUCCGAGUGAUGCUUGAUUACGUUGAUCAAGUUCAAAUCUGUUCAAAGUUGAAAGCUGUGCUCCAGAAACAGGGGCUCUGGUCAGAGAUCCAUUCUAUCUUGACAAACCCUCGCUCCCUAAAACAUCUGUGCCGCCUAAAGAUCCGGAAGUGUAUGGGUCGUCUACAUUUGCGCUGCCCUGUCUUCAUGUCAUUUCUCCCAUUACCCAAUCGUCUGAAAGCUUAUGUCCUUUACAAAGAAUAUGACCUUUACGGACAAGGAAUUCUCACAGGAACCUGGUAACCAAACUGUUAUGGAUGUAAAGGUCACUCUCUUCGGACUGGCUGCUGCUAAGGACAACAAACUGCCCCUCACUGCUGGCCUGGUUUGGUCUACUGGAAGCAGCUAUCAAUCUGCUUUGUUCUUCUAAGUCCUAGGGG